GGCGGAUCCGGGGUGCCGGGGGUUUGGAACCGUCCGGGCUACGUUCCAAUCGAAUCAUUGGUGCAUUGUAGGUGAGCGCGCGCGGGCUCCGUUCCGUCUAUUCUCUCCGGGCGGCGGCGACGACGGGUUCCGACACCCGCUCUCCAUGGUACUUAGAUCAAAAGACACACAAUGAGCCUAAGAAAGCAAACGCCCAGUGAUUUUCUAAAACAGAUCAUAGGAAGACCAGUGGUGGUCAAGCUGAACUCGGGUGUGGAUUACCGAGGUGUUUUAGCUUGUUUGGAUGGGUAUAUGAACAUAGCAUUGGAACAGACAGAAGAAUAUGUAAAUGGUCAACUUAAGAACAAAUAUGGAGAUGCAUUUAUUCGAGGCAACAAUGUGUUGUAUAUAAGCACGCAGAAGAGAAGACUUUAGAUAUUGUGUACUGAAGUUGGGUUUUUGAUUUGAAAGACAAAAUGUUUUUUAUGUAAUAAAGAUCCUUUCUUUA